UAAGAUAGUAAUCUUAAGAACUGCUUUAGACUACCUAUUUCAAUGUUCUCUUCAUACUACCCAACAACUACCCCAUAUUUUCUUCAGAUUUGCCUCCCAUUCUAUUAAUUUUAUGUUUAUUUCCUUAUUAGCGUUGGAAUUUUGUAAUUUAUCUUUUAUCAUAAUUUUUAGAAUAGUUGUCGAUCUCUUACAAAAAAUUCAUAUAGCCGUAUGAAAUACGGUUCAUCAACAACAACGGCCGGAACUAGCAAUGGAAAUACAAGCAAUAACAAUGGCUAUGAACAUAAUAAUUCUAAUAGUGUUAUUAAUGCUGGAAAUGGAGGUCAAACAAUGAUGUUUUUACCUGUUGAAGCAACCAAUUCUGGAGUACAACAAAGUUCAGUAAGUAGAUUUGGUUUAUAA